AUGGUGGUGGUUGACUACUCAAGCCACGAUCGCAUCAGUCGUAAUGACUACGACCAGAAUGAUGAUAUAAGUCAGCAAUUAUUGCCAGAUCAAGACGCCGUUAACGAUUUAGCUAUAGCAAACUUUUGUCCUCGACUGCGACAAGCCAUAAGCUCUCUUUCACGUCAUACAGUUGGUCCAUUACAACAACGCGUGCAACUAUCAGACUUUCAGAGUUCUACCUUAACUUCUUUACCCACUGAUGAUUUGAGUUCAAAUGUACAGCUUCCUCGGAAUGACAAGUUUGUCCUCGCCUUACCAUAUUUAUAUGAAGACAAUUUACCAGUGUCUAGAAAUAAUUUUAUGGUUCGGUGGUCAAUAAUAGCACAGUGUAGCCGUCCAGAUAAAGCACCCGAAGUUAUUUUACUGGAACAAGAUAAUUCAUCCAUGAAUUCAGGAUACGGUGAAACAACAUUACGUAGGACACAACAACGCCCUCAACAAUUACAACGUCGUCAGUAUCAAACCAAUCAAAUUAUUCAAGAACGUUAUUGGCAACAAUAUGUGGCCAGUGAUGCAUUUUACAUACAAUGUUUAACUAAGUGGGAUAAAAUUAAUAAUAACAGUUCAUCUAUAUUGCAAUACUGUUUGUUAGCAGAUCAAUUAUAUGAAUGUUAUGUUAACUUUCAGCUUUACAAACUCAAGAUUUCGUUGAAAUCUACGCCAACAAUGUUACACCCACCUCCACAUCUGGUCCUAGCAUAUACUCAAUACAAGCAACUAACUAAACUGUCAAAAUUAAACAUGGCAGAAGUUGGUAAUGUGACUAACGAUAUCAGUGUUGAGCUUUUUAUCGAUUUGGAAAAUGGCAUUAAUAAUUAUGAUGAUCGCCGUAAUCAAAUAACUUCAUCUGCUACAGUGCGCAUGCGUGCUAUAAUCAGUUUAAUUUCAUCUGAACAAACAGCAUCAAUAACUACUGAGUCAACUGACUGUAAGGAUGACACCAAAAUAUUGUCACAACUGGCUUCAGUAACUGGAAUCUUCCUCCCAACUGGUAAUAAAAAUACCACCAAACCAAGUGAUACCAAUGUUGCUUUAAACAAAAAGUUUGUAGUAAGAAUUCUAAGUUCAAAAUUAAGCCGUACCACACCACAAGGAGCUAUGAUGGCAAUGAUGUUAAAUGCUAUAACAGAUCAAUGUUUUGACACGACAAUGAUGGAUUAUGUAACAUAUGUACGUCGAGUGCAGCUGGCCGCAGUUCAAGCUUAUAACUAUGACGCCAGUAAUAGCCAAGAAGAUAAACCAUCAUCUGAUGUUAGUGAUAACAAUUCAAUUAAAUUACUACUUGAAGCACUUCAUGAAGCGUUUUGUGAUAAUUCUUCUAAUGAUAAUUGCCUAUUAGAUUAUCAAAUAAACAAUAAUGAAACAUCUACUAAGAAAACCACAAGUUAUUUUCGUUUUUUGUUGAUUGAUGAUGACAUAGUCACUGAAACUACACAACUUAAAUACAUAUUAACUAUUGAGUAUAACAAGAAACUCUAUGAAAAAUUACAAACUUCAACAGAUUUAGAAAACACUAAUCAAUCUACAGUUAAAGAAUCCGUUCCUGUUGUAUCAUUACGUUCUGUUUAUGAUGAUGAAAAUAGCGAUAAUUACUUGAAUAUUGAUGUUGAUGAUUUAAUCGAAACAGAUAAAAACUUUGUGAAAUAUUAUAGUGAGUUGGCCAACAUUAUUAAAAUUGCAACCAUAAAUGGCAUGCGGAAAUUACGUAAAGAUGUGUUAACACCAGUAUUGACUCGAUAUAAUAAAAAAUGGGCACCUACUGAUCCAUAUUUUUUGGCGUCUUCAAGCACGCCACCCCCAUACCCGGCAAUACUAUAGAAUACAAU